CUCCGCCACGCCUGUCCUCGGUGCUUGGCUUUCUGGUCCCCUUCACGCCGCCUUUUGAAAGGGGAACUCGAGGACGAGAGAGUUGUCAUGGAUGAAUGGCAGCAACAAUGGGAGGGAUGAAGCUGGAAGAUUUGCUGUUUUUUUUGCUGCAUCAUAUCAAACUGACAUGUGUUCUAUGGGAUACCAUGUAGGAUAAUUAGUUUUUUGGGGGGAUCAGAACUUCCACUUUUGAGGAAAAAGUUCAUCAUUCACGGAUGCUGCUUCAUCAAAGUUAAUGUCUGACCAUGGAUCAUGAAGAGGUGAGGACAGAGCUGGACCAGAUUUCUAUGCGGCUUCAGGAGGAUGGCUUGCCUCCAGGGGCCAGUGUGGAGGAGCAGCAGCGCCACCUGUGGCAGCAGCUGCUUGCAAGGGAGGCAAAGCUUCAGUCAGCCACUCAGGAGCUGCAGACCUUACGUACCCAGCAGGCCAGUGAAAUGAAGGAGGUGGAAAGCUAUGUUGCACAUAUUCGAGGGCUGCUUGAAGAGCGAGAGUGUCUCACUUCAGACUAUGAAAGAGACAAUGAACACUUGCGACAAGAGCUUCACCAGAUCAGACAACAUCAAGAGAGUCAAAGCAAGGAGCUGGCGGAGAUGUUGGCCCAGGAGGACCUCGGGGAGAUGGGCUUGAGCAGCCCUAGUGAGCAGGUGGCUUACUUGCUUGUGGAGAGGGCCACACUCCUGGAGAGGCUGGAGGCUGCUGAGAGGAGACUUGAAAAUCAGAGCCUCACUGUCAACUUUAGGGAAGUCCACCACCAGGAACAUAUUCGCCACACGAUGGGGGAGGAGCUAAGGCAGCAGAGGGAGGAUAUGCAAAAAACCAUAGAUAACCUGACGAAGUGUUCAUCCCAGAGUCCAUGGAAGAAGCUCUUUGGGCUGCGCAGGUCUGGUCAGAGCAAACACAAUAUUACCCCUGCCCAUGGUGAGCAGAUUUCCCAGGAGCAAAAUGAGCGCCAGCGACUGGAGCGGGACCUUGAAGAGGCGUCUAGGAGGCUGGCAAUGGCUCAUCAGGAUAUUCGCAGACUCACCAACGAGCUGGAUGCUGCCAAAAACAACAACCUAGACCCAAGUGGAUCUGAGCUUCAAGGAACGGUCCAAGAAGUAGAGAACCUGAGGAAGGAAGUGGACAAACUGAAACACUGUGAUAUGGUGAAGCUGCAGCGAGCCAAAGAGCACAAUGACACACUAGACGUUGAGAACAGAGCUCUGAGGGAGAGAGUUCGCACUUUAGAGUCUGAAAAGAAAAAACUCCUCGACCAGGUGACAAUAAAUGAUGCAGACCAAGGUGUUGUGACCAAAGAUGAUCAAAAGGACAAAUGCAUAAGCAGUGAACCACAAAACCAUCUGUCUGGCUCUUCAAUCCAAGACAAGGAUUACAUUCACAAACGGUGUCAGGAGGCGUUCUUUAAGAAUGUAGAAGACGGAUAAAUCUUCAUCAUUCUUGUACAGAUGAGGGAGCUGCAACGGCAACUCCAGAGGCUACGCAAGGAACAGGAAGAGCUGGAGGAGAGGAACGAGGAGCUGGAGGCUCUGCUGGGGGAGGCCCAGAAUGCCAGCAAGGGGGAGAGGCAUCGCCACGAGGGAGAACUAGAGGGACUACACAGGAGGAUCAAAGGCCUGGAGGCAGAGUUGAAGAAGCUGGAUGUCCAUGAAAAAAUGUUGAUGAACGGUGAUGAGGUCAAAACCACUGAGUCCUACUUACAGCUGCACCUAAGGGACAGCAGCCAGGAGAGACUGGCUCUUCUAGAGGCUCGUCUGACUGAGGAGAAAGACUGGAGGAAACAGCUGGAGGUCGACCUCAGUGCUGCCCAGGCCGCCCUCAAAAAAGACAAGGAGGCUUUGCAGAUAGGUGAGCGAGAGCUGAAGAAGCUGAGACUUGAGGUCAAAAGCCUUCAGACAGAAUGCCAACAAGGAAAAACACUCAUCAAGAGCCUAACCCAAGUCAAGGGGGAAAAAGCAGUUCUGGAGGAAAAGGUGGCCCAGAUGGAGCGUGCCCACAGACGGCUCGAGAGCGAGUUGGAACGCUACAAGGACAGUAACCGAACCCAGGAGGAGAAGAGAGAAUACAGGCUUCAGGUUGACCAGCUGCAGCAGCAGGCUGACCGGCUAACUGCUGAACUCAGCAGCCUCCAGACGACACACAAUGCCUUGAGGGAUGAGAUGGUUUCUGAGCAGCUGCAGACUGCCGAGCUCCAGGCCAAGCUGAGCUCAAGUGUCCAGGAGAAGCUGAAAGCCGAAGGGCAAAGAGAGAGACUACAGGUUGAGAUGCAGCGCCUCAAAGAGCAGCUCAAGUGGCAUCAAGAGCAACUCUCCUCAACAAAGGAAGCACUUACUAGAAGCCAGAGGCCUGAACAUCACACAGCUCAUAUAGAAUCUAGGUUAAGUCCAGUGGAGAGGACUAAGGAGGAGUGCUUGGAUCAGCUUUCAUGUGUGAAGCAGGAGCUGAAUCAUCUGCAGACCAAGCUAGGGGAGGAGCGUCAGCUGGCCUCUCAGCACCAACUGGCCAUGCAAGCUCAGGUCAAUGAAGCCCAGGCACGCAUCAAGUCCCAGGACUCGGUGCUCAGCCAGAAGGCCGAGGAAGCUAAACAGAUGAAGCAGGACCUGCAGAGGGCCCAGAGCCUAUUCACCUCAGCAGAGAGAGAGCUGCGCUACGAGAAGGAGAAAAACAUGGACCUGAAGAGACAUAACACCCUGCUGGAUCAGGAAAAACUCAAACUUUGUGCAGAGUUGAAACAGGUCCAGACCAAGCUGGUACAGGUGGAGCAGAGCGUCAACACCCAGGCUGCUGACUGUGAACGUCAACAGCAGAAAAUCAGGGAACUGGAGUUGGAACUGGCACGCAACUCCACAAACCGCAGCACCACUAACAGUCUGCAGGAGGACCUGCAGGCCGAGAGGGCUCGGCUCAUUGCUGCUGACAAGAAGGUUUUGGAGCUGCAGCUGCAGCUUAAGAGUGCCCAGCAUCAGCUGCGUGUGGAGGAAGCCCGGGCGGGAGAGAGCAGCCGCAUGGAGAGAGACAGCAGGGAUCUGUCUGACACCUUGUCGGCUCUGAAAGCCCAACAGCAGGAAGAGCACAUCACCAGGAAGCUAUUAGAGCAGCGUGAGGAGGAGCUGCAGCAGCAGGUGCGCUCCCUAAGGCUGAAAGAGGCCUCCAUGAACAGGACAAAUGCAGAGCUCAGCCACCGUGCCCAGCAGCUGGACACCCGUCUGGCCAUCCUGGAGGCGGAGCUUAGCAAGGCCAGAGAGGAGUCAAGAGACAGCCAGAAGUCAAGCCACAGACUGCAGGAAGACUUGAUGGCCAGUCAGCAGGAGUGUGACAGACUGCAGGGGGAGCUGCAGCAAUUUUUACUCCAACUGGACACAUACGUCAGAAAGUACAAUGAAAAGCAGAGUCAGCACAAGGCCAAACUGCGUCAGGCCAAGCAGGUCUUUCUCAAGGAGACUGCCCAGAGGGAUCGCAUCAUCCAGAAACUGGAGAACGACCUGGUGAUGGCUUCCAGCCUCUCACACAAGGAGAAGGACAGGAUCCAUACAGUGACGGAAGAAAAUGAGAAGCUCUUGGGGGAGAAGAGGGAACUUUUGCGGAAAAUAAGCGAGGCAGAGGAAAUGGGCAGCAAAGGAAUGAGGACAGCCUCCACUGUCCAACACAGGGUCAACGUCUUAGAAGUGGAAAACAGACAACUUCAGGAUCGAACCCUGAAGCUCUCCAACCAAGUCAGUUCCUUAGAGCGUGCCUUGAGGAACGUCCAAUCAUUCUACAACCUGGAGAAUGCCAAGAAAGUGCUCCCCUCUGAAAGUCGCUGUGAUGGCUUCCUGCAUACAUCUACACUGAGUUUGACGUCAGGUUCGUGUGACCCACUCGACAUCCUUGAUGCAAUCUGCCGUGCGAAGGUGUCGGAGCGCGUUGUGGUGGAUGGCACUCAAGCGUCUGUCUCCACACACCAACAAUCAGAGCAGGGCUACCUGAAUCUCACCUCACCAUUAGUUCUUCCAGACUCCAAAGGAACAGAGGGGAGCUCUUAUAGCAGUGACCAGGUAUGAGCGGUGGUGGGUUUCGGCGAACUUGUUGCCUGUGUUUUCAACAGCGAGCUACCAACGAGGACAUGUGCUAGGAGUCAAUGUCUCGGGUUGUACGAAAGCAAUCCUCCACUUCCACUGGAGACAGAAGUCAGAAUAAAGGAGUGAAAAUACCUAGAAUAAUAAAUAAUCCUUGUCAUGAGGCAGUAAUAAUGAAAUGAGAGCUUCCACUGCAGUUCUGCUCAGGGUGAUGUCUUUUUUGUUUUGCAAAGCAGGUUGUUGUCUGGCUUGCCAGGACAAAUUUUUGAUCCAGAUACAGAAUUAACAUUUGGUGGACUUUGUUUAAAAAAAAAAAAAAAAAAAAAAAAA